GGAUGCAUCUGACUUCCUAAGUCCUUGAGGGCUUAAUUUACGUAACAAAUGAGUGUUCCUUUUUUUCCCUCUAACUUUUGAAAGAGGAAAUACGUAGGCUGCUGCCAAGUAGCUUGUCUCACUACUGUGUAGGGAGUGAACAAUCAUUCAGAGCUGCCAGUCACGCGGGAUAGCCCUUAAAUGACAAAGGACCUUCAAAAAUUGUGUCGAAGUCCAUGUGGAUGGUCAGGAAGAACGUGAAACUGCUCAGGGAAUGUGUGGUGGCGCGGCGAAGACCACAAACAGGCCAGGGGCCUGGCAAGAGUCAGCCAGAUGUUUGGUCGUGUUCAGAAUUUGACCUGAACGAGAUUCGCCUGAUCGUUUACCAGGACUGUGAGAGGAGAGGCAGACAAGUCUUGUUUGACUCUAAAGCUGUUCACAAGAUUGAAGAGGUGGCAGCCCAGAACACGGAGGAUGACCCUCUUAAAAUGUCAGCCAAGUGCUGUCACGGAAGUGGCAGUAUGAACAGCAGCAUCAGCAGCAGCAGCAGCAGUCUGUCUUCCCAUGGUUCUUCUGGGGGAUCUUUACAGCAUGCCAAGGAGCAGCUCCCAAAGUACCAGUACAUGAGGCCGGCUUCUGAUGUCAACAUGCUGGGAGAGAUGAUGUUUGGCUCAGUAGCCAUGAGCUAUAAAGGCCCCACCUUAAAGAUACACUAUAUACGCUCCCCUCCACAACUGAUGAUUAGUAAAGUCUUCUCUGCGAGAAUGGGCAGCUUCUGUGGGAGUACAAAUAACUUGCAAGACAGCUUUGAAUACAUCAACCAAGAUCCUAAUUUGGGAAAACUGAACACAAACCAGAAUAGCUUGGGUCCUUGUCGUACUGGAAGUAACCUAGGUCUGUUGCAGGCAUGCAGCGGCAAACUGCUGCAGGGGCUGGCUGAAGGAGGACCUCUCCGGCUCACCCGGAGUGCUUCUUUCUUUGCAGCACACAGCACGCCAGUUGACAUGCCAAGCAGAGGACAAAAUGAAGACAGGGACAGUGGCAUUGCUCGAUCAGCCUCGCUCAGCAGCCUGUUGAUCACACCUUUCCCAUCUCCAAGCCCCUCCACAUCCUCUUCCAGUAGUUACCAGCGCCGCUGGCUUCGAAGUCAGACAACGAGUUUGGAAAAUGGCAUCGUCCCAAGGAGGUCAACUGACGAGACGUUCAGCUUGGCUGAAGAAACCUGCAGUUCUAACCCAGCCAUAGUUCGGAGGAAGAAAAUUGCCAUAAGUAUCAUCUUUUCCCUGUGUGAGAAAGAAGAAGCACAAAGAAAUUUCCAGGACUUCUUUUUUUCUCAUUUCCCGCUGUUUGAAUCUCACAUGAACAGACUGAAGAGUGCAAUUGAAAAGGCCAUGAUCUCCUGUAGGAAGAUAGCAGAAUCCAGUCACCGAGUCCAGUUUUACAUUAGCCGCCUGAUGGAAGCCCUGGGAGAAUUCAGAGGGACUAUCUGGAACUUGUAUUCUGUUCCAAGGAUAGCAGAACCCAUAUGGCUUACCAUGAUGUCCAGCACUUUGGAAAAAACCCAGCUCUGCCAGCGCUUUCUCAAGGAGUUUACCCUUCUGAUAGAACAGAUCAACAAAAACCAGUUUUUUGCUGCCUUACUGACUGCAGUGCUAACCUACCACCUGGCCUGGGUACCGACUGUCAUGCCUGUUGACCACCCUCCCAUUAAAGCCUUCUCGGAGAAACGCACCUCCCAGUCCGUGAACAUGCUGGCCAAAACACACCCGUAUAACCCUCUCUGGGCGCAGCUGGGUGAUCUGUAUGGAGCCAUAGGAUCUCCAGUGCGGCUGACUCGCACCGUGGUGGUGGGAAAGCAGAAGGAUUUGGUCCAGCGCAUACUUUAUGUCCUGACGUACUUUCUUCGUUGCUCUGAGCUACAAGAGAACCAGCUAACCUGGAGUGGUCAUCAUGGUGAAGGCGACCAGGUGUUAAAUGGGAGCAAGAUCACAACAGCCCUGGAGAAGGGCGAAGUAGAGGAGUCAGAGUACGUGGUAGUGACGGUGAGAAGUGAGCCUGCUCUCAUACCCCCUGUCCUGCCCCUAACGACAGCUCAGAGAAGGAACCUCGGACCCACAGGGUUGGCUGGGACCCCAGAGGGCACUGCCAUUACAGACCUGUGUCCCAACUUGGACAAAGAAGAAAGCAAAAGGCCAGAGAAGAGUUCUAAGGCCUGUAGUGUGGGAUUCCAGGAGCCAGCUCUGGGCAGCUCUUGGCAACAUCAAGGCACAUUUUGUGGGGAUGAAGGAUGUGAGAAGGAGGUACCACAAGAUGGGUCUUUGAGACUGUCCAAUUCUGAGGUUCUGGAGGCAGGACCGAAAGUCAGCCAACAGACUGCCCAUGAGGAGUCGAAAGGGGAGAUGCCUGCGAAGCUGUCAGACCGUUCAGUGGCCCGGCCUUGCCCUGACAGACAUGCACGGGAGAAGGCCGCCUUAGAAAAGGUCACUUUCCAAAUUGGAAGCUCUGUGUCUCCAGAGUCUGACCUUGAAAGUCGCACAAAGAAAAUGGAGGAGCAGCUAAAGGCCUGUAGACAGUGUCCAGAGUCGGCUGGCAGUCCCUGGGCUCAGUCCAGGGUGGCCGCUGCUGUGGCUCAGGAUCAGCAGGUUUCCAGGUGCUCCUUUAAGCCUGGCUUUCGGAAGAGCGUCUGCUGUCCUCAGAAUCAGUCUUCUGAGGAGGAUGAAGGCGAAUUUGACAGGUGCUUUGCUGAGGACCGAAACAUCAGAACUAAUGUGGCGGCAGGUGUGGCGGGUCAGCCGAGCCAGCCCGCUGACCCACUGGCGCCCCCCGACCUUGCUGCCGGCACUGCAGAGAGCGUGCUGGGGAAGACGGGCGGUCUGUGUCUGAAGGAUGCAGAGGCGCCUUUGUUGGAGCCUGUCCCAAACAGGCGUGUACAGCAGGACUCGGGCUUCUCCGUUGCUGCAGAUAUCCCCUGUGGGGAUGCCAACAGGAGGGCAGACUUCAGAACUGAAGCAGACAUUCCCAGAAACGAAAGCUCAGAUAGCGCUCUCGGAGACAGUGAUGAUGACACGUUUGCUUCGGCCACACAGAGUCUAGGUCACUGUGGUGACUGGACUGAAGCGUCCUUGGAGGUGGAACUGCCUCUGCCAAGGUCUCAGAGCAUCAGCAACCAGAGUGUCAGAAACUUCGGCCGGUCGCUUUUGGCGGGCUACUGCCCCACGUACACGCCUGAUCUGGUGCUUCAUGGAACCAGCAACGAUGAGAAGCUGAAGCAGUGCCUGAUGGCUGACCUGGUCCACACGGUGCAUCACCCAGUGCUUGAUGAGCCGAUAGCUGAAGCUGUGUGCAUCGUCGCAGACACAGAUAAGUGGAGUGUGCAGGUAGCCACCAGUCAGAGGAAGGUGGCGGAUGGUGUGAAGCUGGGACAGGAUGUCUUGGUGUCAAGUCAGGUGUCCAGUUUGCUUCAGGCAGUGUUGCAGCUUUACAAGCUUCACUUCCCUGCUGAUUUUGCGCAAUGGUCUAGAAGAAAACUGUGUAUGAUGGAAUUAUCCUUGCCAAAAGCCAUCAAGUGUGUUAUGAAGCUGCUCUGGCAUCUCUGCCUGCCAAACCCAAAAGCGUUUGCCUCUGGUGAAAGACACAGUGUGUCAUGCAUCUUGAAGACAGACUGCAGGAGAUGUACUUUAAAAGUAAAAUGCUGUCUGAAUAUCUUCGGGGACAUACACGAGUCCAUGUGAAAGAAUUGGGUGUUGUACUGGGGAUUGAAUCUAAUGACUUGCCCCUGUUGACUGCUAUUGCCAGUACUCAUUCUCCUUAUGUGGCUCAAAUACUCUUAUAAAGCUCAGGACCAUUCUUCCUUGGAAGAAAAAAAAUCAAGUUCUCAACUGAAGGAGAAAGAAAGAAGCUCUUUGUGACGUUAGUAGCGUAAGAAGAGCAAGCAAGAACCGUCAUUCCACCGUUUGUUUUUUGUUUUUUUGCUUUUCAGUGAUGCUUUGUUGGAAGACUUUAGGUUUACUUGACUUAAUGGCAUUUGUGUUUUUUAUGAACACCUUAGGCCUCUUGUUACCCAUGAGUCAACGGAGAGAGUGACCUUUUCUGGUAGGAGGAAAAAUAAGCACUACAGUGAACAUGAAAGCUGUUGGUCCUGCUGCCUUGUGCUGUUGGGACAGAAUAAGGACAAGUGAUAAUGGCUUGUUCACAUUUUCGGUAACUUUGGAGCAGCAAGAUAAACUAUGUACACAUCAUUCCAGUAUGAAAAUGUUUCAGAGUUGAGGCAUGAGCUCUUCAAGCUGGAGAAAGCAUAUUUUGCUAUCUCAAGAAGACCACCGGAACGGUAACUUGAGAAAUCCACAGUGUGCCAUCUCUUGCUCUGGUGGCUGUAGGUGCUGUGUGAUACAAAACUUGAAAGAGGUUUGCCUGCUGGAAAGAGAGUGCUUUAAGGACCCACUGUUUUCAUUUCUUCUUGGAGUUUACGUUGUUGCAGAUGCAGCCACAGGUAGGGUAGGGAUGGAUUGGUGGGGCAGGGUCUUUACCAUAAACCCAAGCUACAUAGCAUCUUAAUCCCACCAUGAUGGAGUCUGUAGCAGCAGAUGGUGCAGUCUGACAGCAGGUGUUUUAUCCUUGUACUUCAGAGCUUUCAGCAGCCUUUUUAAGAGAGGCCAUUUACCAAAGUUAUUUCUGUAAGAGUGUUUCUGUUGGUAAAUUCUCCCAGCCGAAGCCACUUUCUUCCUAUGAUAGUUAAUGCAAAUGACUAUUUAUACUUUAAAAGGCACAGCUGUCCUAGUGAGAAAUGAAACUACAAGGGUUCAGGAUGACUAAUGAAAGUAAUUAAGUUUGAACAUUUAGAAAUGAUCCACUUAUGAUCUCACUUUUUACAUUAUCUUUGUGCCUUGUAAUUCCUACAUUAAAAAAAACAAAAACCUUUCUAGAAGUUAACUUACCCGUUGUAUAAAACCUGCCAAAAUGAAAAUUUAUUCAUUAGUAUAGUUCACUUUAAAAACAAAAUAAUUUUCCGUUAAUAUAAAACAAAUUUUACUUAGUUUACUGCCUGUGAAACAGACUAUGUGCUGACAUGCAGAGUAUAAUAAAAGACAUUAAAAAAAAUUAAGCAUUAAAAGAGAGGCGUUAAUCUAGUCAGGGGAAAACACUGUUAACACUGAGUGCAUUUAACUAUAAUCAGGCUCUGGUUUGCUUUCACUGUUUCUUGCUGAAUUAAUUCCAGACCUUUCCAUCUCUCCUUCGUACCUAAGAACAUGAAGUAAGUUCCCUCUCAGGAGGCAGAGUGACUGCGGAAUUUCUCUGUGGUAAAACCCUGACCCUAAACACAAGUUAUGUCCGUUUGUUUUGUUCUUUGACAUAUACAUGGUAGAUACUUGUUUGAAAGCGUGUAUCAGCAGUACCAGAGGGGAAACUGGAGGAAUUCUAGGAAAGAUGGGUCAGGACUGCUGCCUUCCCCUCUGUCUCUCUGAUGUAAAGUGUAAAUGGGUGCACUGAGGCUCUUAGGAUCUUUAAUUUUCAUGUUUGUGUCUGUCUUUCGUAAAAUUGAAGUUUUCCGUUCUUUUAAUAUUUUUGUAUUUCCAUUAGCCUAACAUUUGAGUUUGGUGUUUUAAAUUCUCUAAUUCCAUGUCACCAUUGUUUGCAGAAAGAGAAUGAACCUCACCUGUGGCUCGGCCCACUCCUUGUUGAUCUGUCAGUGUGUGUGAAUACCUUGGAACUGCUGAUGGUACACCUUUCGCACCUGUACCAGUUUAAAGCAUUCCCUCGUUUCGGGUUCCCUUUGCUUGUUUACACAUUUUGGGCACUUUUCCUCAUUCACCACCUUUCAGGGUUUCAUAGACAAUAACUCAAUGUAAAGUCAGUUCAGUUAUAAUGUGAACCUAGUGGCGUGUUGAAGUUUACCCCAUAUAGGGGGAAGUUGAGCUUUAAGUGACUGAUUCUAAACUCUACACAUGAAAGAUUUAGCCCAGUCCCCCCGAAGCCUGAGCAAUAUUAAUUUGCUUCUUAAUUUCAUGUUCCACAACUCUCUCUUGGAGAAACGUCUGCUGGAAAACUACAGGUGGGUCAUAUGUGGGUCAGUGCUUAAUCCUUGAAUCUGUUGCCUGCAAAAACAGACCGAGAAUGUUGCUGCUCUUUUAUAAUCCUCUUUAAAUAACAUUCAGAUUUUGUCUUAAAUCAGCUUCUUUCCAAAAGUGAAAAAAAAAAAGAAAAA